AUGGCUGCUAAAUCCCAGUUGCCGACCGUCAACACGCCUGUGUCCGCGGAGCCUUCCAAGGCCGCCAUGCACCCGGCUUUCUACAUCGCUACCUGGAUUGCUCUCAGUUCCGGUGUGAUCAUCUUCAACAAGUGGAUUCUCCAUACCGCUGGAUUCAAUUUCCCCAUCUUCCUGACCACAUGGCAUCUCGUUUUCGCUACCAUCAUGACCCGCCUCAUGGCGCGGUUCACUACUUUGCUCGACUCCCGUCACCAGGUGCCCAUGACCUCUCGCGUAUACAUGCGUGCCAUUGUCCCCAUUGGCGCAUUCUUCUCUCUCAGUCUGAUCUGCGGCAACCUCGCCUAUCUCUACCUCAGUGUGUCCUUUAUCCAGAUGCUCAAGGCCACCAACUCUGUGGCUACACUGCUUGCUACCUGGGCCAUGGGCAUUGCGCCGGUGAAGCUCAGCCUGCUCGGAAACAUUUCUUUCAUCGUCCUCGGUGUUAUCAUCGCCUCCAUUGGUGAAAUCAAAUUCACCAUGAUCGGUUUCAUCUGCCAGUUCUUCGCGACCAUCUUCGAGUCUGUCCGUCUGGUUAUGGUUCAGCGCCUGCUCAGCUCUGCCGAAUUCAAGAUGGACCCCCUGGUUUCCCUCUACUACUUCGCACCUGCUUGCGCCGUCAUGAACGCCGUCGUCACUGCGGUUGUCGAGCUCCCCUCGCUGCACAUGUCGGACAUCUACCAACUCGGCAUGGGUACUCUGCUCCUUAACGCCGCCGUUGCUUUCGGGCUCAACGUUGCUGUCGUCUUCCUGAUUGGCAAAACCUCCGCCCUCGUCCUUACUCUGUCCGGAGUCCUCAAGGACAUCCUCCUUGUCGUUGCCUCCAUGGUCAUCUUCCGCGAUCCCGUUACUCCUCUCCAGGCCUUCGGAUACGCCAUCGCCCUUGGUGGUCUGGUGUACUACAAGCUUGGAAAGGACGGUGUCAACAACCUUCUGGCCCAGGUGCGGUACCAGCUGCUUGGUGGCCCCCGCCCCGAGAACUAG